AUGACUCGAUGCAGUGUAUUCUCCGAGGAGGAGAAUGAGUGGAUGGAGAAGUAUCUACGCGAGUGGGGGACCACCAAGUCGAAGAUUAACUUCAUGUUGAAGAUCUCGCCUCUGUUCUUCAAAGACUUCCCUAUUGAUCCGACGCCAGAGGAGAUAGCGAGUUGUGGAGGAGAUGUCGCGCAGGCGAGGGUGCAUGAGGAUGUUGUGCAGCGCUAUAAGGAACGCAAGGCGCAAAUCAAGACCUGGUUCGCUAACCACAGCCGCGAGCGCGGUACUGGUCCUGACAUUCCUGGCAUCAAGCGUCCCGUACGAUCUCGUGUGCUCUCUCUCGAGACCAAGCCCAGGAAGCCUCAGGAGUAUCAAGCCUGGCAACGCCUGUACUAUCACAACGAAGAUGUGCAAGCGGAAUACAAGGCCGCCUGGGCGCAGGCAAUGAAAGAGGGCUGGACGUCCGAUCAACAGUCGCAAUUUGCCCAGCAGCAUCUCGACGCUGCCGAUCCAGAGAUGCUUCAAGCCGUCCAGGACUAUUGCAAAGAGGGUUAUCUCCAGAGGGACGAUUUAGUCCUUCCGGUUGGCGUCCAGGACACGGAGGAUAUGCGACGAGCAUAUCGCAUGAUGGAAGCUAUCGAUAAUCUACCGCAUACUAUAUCAGCAGCAGCAGAGAGCUGGCAUCGACAGACCGGUUUACAAAUCUCCAUCAUGGUUGGCGGACCCUUCCCGCACUCAGAAACUGCGGAAAUCCAGACCAUGUACUAUGGCGCCGGCAAGAAUCUCCUCGGAUGUGAGUUCGUCGACGUCAACUCGGACUUCAAGACGGACUGGCGAGACGUCUUCCAUACCUUCUGUGAAGGUUCAUACACUUCGCAGGAACGCAUGCGCCGCCGUGUUGUUGUUGCGGCUGAUAAUUCCGCAAAGCCUGGCUCAGCACCUACCGCGAGUUCUUCCGCGGUCCUCCCGCAAGCUGACGAAAACACACCGCCGAUUGGAUGUGCACCUCCUGCCGCCGUCGCUAUGCGACCACAUGAUACUGCAUUAAAACCAGUCAACAAGCCUGCAGACGACGCUAUAAUUGAUCCUCAACUCCUCGGACUCAUUUCGUUCUCGGAUGACACUCAUAUCGAAGCGCCAGCAUCUGUCCCGAUCCAACAGCACCUCCAAGCAGCCUUGCCCCAGACGCCUCACUCGCAGCCUGCGACCACCCCCCCUCCGCCCGUUACGGUCCUCACAGCGCCUAUUCCAGCUUCACCUGAGGUCGCUUCAGGCUCCGGCGAUGUCGGCCUUUCAGGUGCUGCGAUCGGGAUGCCGGUUGUUCAAGACCCCGCAACCCCUUCGCCUACGACGCCUUCCUCGCAGCCUGCGAUCACCUCCCCUCUACCCGUUACGGUCCUCACGGCGCCUCUCCCAACUGCACCUGAGGUCGCUUCAGGCUCCGGCGACGUUGAUCUUGCAGGUGCUGCGAACGGGACGCCGGUUGUUCAAGACCCCGCAACCCUUUCGCCUAUGGCGCCUUCCUCGCAGCCUGCUAAUGCUUCUCCUUCUUCAGUCACCGCCCUCUCUGCACCUCGCCCGGCUGCACCUGAGGUCGUCGCAGGAUCUGUCGGCAUCGGUCCUGCAGGCGCUGCAGUCGGAACAUCGACUCUUCACGAUCCCGCAACCCCUUCGUCCACGACGUCUCCCUCGCAGCCUGCCAGUGCCCUCUCUUCGUCUGUCCCUGCCCCUGCUGCUGCUGAGAUCGCCGCAAGCGGCCCAACCGUCGACUCUCAGGGCAAUGCCGCCCGACCAUCUGUGUCAGAGGAUGAUUCAGAUCAUCCCAUCCUCUCGGUGACAUACUCAGAUCUGGACGAAGAGGAGAACGCUCUGCCUUCAGCAAGAAAAAUCCAGACCCGGGCAUCUUCGCGGCCAAAGAAGCUCAAAAUUACAGGUGCCGAGGGAUUUACUCUCGACUUCUCUCAGCCGACUGGCGACCUCGUCAAGAACAUCAGCUUGUCCAAGGACCUUCCAGAAUACUUCACGGCUGCAGUUGCAUUUUUUGCGGAGGCCGUGACCGAGCCCGCAUUCGUCAACCUGCUUCGAGCCUACAUCCUGUUUGAGGCAAAGGCACGAUUCCUCAGCCGGAACAGUGUUACGAAGUCCUUAAUGCGUCCGUCGAUGACCACGAAGUGGAUCAACAACACCAAGCGCACGACGUAUAUGGUCACCUGCGAUGAACCUCAAAAGGACUUUUUUUCCUGGAAUGCGUGGUGGAUCUCGUUGCAGCCAAGCUGGCGCUGCCGCCCAAGUGCACCACUUUCACGUGCAGUUCCCCGUGGUCAGAGCACCACCUUCCCCGAAAUCAAGAACGGCAAAAACGGGGUCGUCGUCGUCGUACUAACUUUGGUUUGGAUUUUCCUUGGCGCCAUGGCCCGCAACGAGGGCGGGGUCAACGUCAAAGUACUCGAGGCCGUUGAGGAUGUCACCUGGGUCUUGACAUUGGCAACCAAGACGCCCGCGACCGCGGACAUCAACGAACCGCGGCGUACUCAAAAACGCUCCGCGAAGACAGCUGCUAUCAACAACGAAAACGAAGUCCCUGCAAAGCGUACUCGCAAGUCCAAGACCGCGUGA